AUGAGGGAGGACAGGGAGGAGAGGGCGAUGAGGGAGGAGAGGGCAAUGAAGGAGGAGAGGGAGGAGAGGGCGAUGAGGGAGGAGAGGGCAAUGAAGGAGGAGAGGGAGGAGAGGGCGAUGAGGGAGGAGAGGGCGAUGAGGGAGAAGAGGGCGAUGAGGGAGGACAGGGAGGAGAGGGCGAUGAGGGAGGAGAGGGCGAUGAGGGAGGACAGGGAGGAGAGGGCGAUGAGGGAGGAGAGGGCGAUGAGGGAGGACAGGGAGGAGAGGGCGAUGAGGGAGGAGAGGGCGAUGAGGGAGGACAGGGAGGAGAGGGCGAUGAGGGAGGAGAGGGCGAUGAGGGAGGACAGGGAGGAGAGGGCGAUGAGGGAGGAGAGGGUGAUGAGGGAGGAGAGGAGGGCGAUGAGGGAGGAGAGGGCGAUGAGGGAGGACAGGGAGGAGAGGGCGAUGAGGGAGGAGAGGGCAAUGAAGGAGGAGAGGGAGGAGAGGGCGAUGAGGGAGGAGAGGGCGAUGAGGGAGAAGAGGGCGAUGAGGGAGGACAGGGAGGAGAGGGCGAUGAGGGAGGAGAGGGCGAUGAGGGAGGACAGGGAGGAGAGGGCGAUGAGGGAGGAGAGGGCGAUGAGGGAGGACAGGGAGGAGAGGGCGAUGAGGGAGGAGAGGGCGAUGAGGGAGGACAGGGAGGAGAGGGCGAUGAGGGAGGAGAGGGCGAUGAGGGAGGACAGGGAGGAGAGGGCGAUGAGGGAGGAGAGGGUGAUGAGGGAGGAGAGGGCGAUGAGGGAGGAGUGGGCGAUGAGGGAGGAGAGGGCAAUGAAGGAGGACAGGGAGGAGAGGGCGAUGAGGGAGGAGAGGGCAAUGAAGGAGGACAGGGAGGAGAGGGCGAUGAGGGAGGAGAGGGCAAUGAGGGAGGACAGGGAGGAGAGGGCGAUGAGGGAGGAGAGGGAGGACAGGGAGGAGAGGGCGAUGAGGGAGGAGAGGGCGAUGAGGGAGGAGAGGGCGAUGAGGGAGGACAGGGAGGAGAGGGCGAUGAGGGAGGAGAGGGCGAUGAGGGAGGAGAGGACGAUGAGGGAGGAGAGGACGAUGAGGGAGGAGAGGACGAUGACGGGAGGAGAGGGCGAUGAGGGAGGUGAGGGAGGAGAGGGCGAUGAGGGAGGACAGGGAGAGAGGGCGAUGAGGGAGGACAGGGAGAGGGCGAUGAGGGAGGAAAGGGAGGAGAGGGCGAUGAGGGAGGAGAGGGCGAUGAGGGAGGAGAGGGAGGUGAGGGCGAUGAGGGAGGAGAGGGCAAUGAAGGAGGAGAGGGAGGAGUGGGCGAUGAGGGAGGACAGGGAGGAGAGGGCGAUGAGGGAGGACAGGGAGGAGGGAGAGGGCGAUGAGGGAGGAGAGGGCGAUGAGGGAGGAGAGGGCGAUGAGGGAGGACAGGGAGGAGAGGGCAAUGAGGGAGGAGAGGGAGGAGAGGGCGAUGAGGGAGGACAGGGCAAUGAAGGAGUACAGGGCGAUGAGGGAGUACAGGGCGAUGAGGGAGGAGAGGGCGAUGAGGGAGGAGAGGGCGAUGAGGGAGGAGAGGGCGAUGAGGGAGGACAGGGCAAUAAAGGAGUACAGGGCGAGAGAGGGAGGAGAGGGCGAUGA